AUGUGUUUAUUCAAUGUUCGAAAGCGGCGCACUAACGACAUUGGAAUUGCUUUUGAAAAGCAAUUAAUUAUUAAUUCGAGAUUCGAUUUUCAAAUUUCUCCAACGUCAGUAUAUAACUCCGCGCUUACAAAACAAAGGCUUCGAAAGUUGUCGAGCCGAGUCCUAACGAAGUCGAACAUCCUUUUUUCGACGCCACGAAGACAGCAUGUCGGCGCACGAGAGUCCCUUCAGGCGAUUUGGGCAUUUUUUCCUCAAACCGAUGUGGUUGCCCUCGCCCGAGCUUGUUCUUGCUGUAAUGGCUUCAUUAUACCAAUCGGAAUCUCGGAGGCUUACGGCAAAAAGGAUAUAACCCGACCAGAUAGAGAUGAGCGCGACCUUUAG